GUAUGUGUGUGUGUGUGUGUUUGAAUCCGUUGCUGCUUAAUUUCCACUUAUACCUUCAAAAAAGUUGACAAAUUGUGUGUCCGUCUUUCUGUCUACCAGUAUACAUCCAUUUAUCUAUCUAUCUGUGUCUCUAUCUCACAUCCUCAAUGAUUGACUCCGCCUCUCUCUGACAGAAGAAUCCUCAUUGGCUCUGCCUGCUGUGAAACCGGUCUAUGAUAGGCUGCCCUCUGGCCAGGUUCUGCCCCCUGGCUUCCCUGCACCGUUCUUAUUCGCUGACGGCCUGUCGUCCGUGGAGACGCUGCUCACCAACAUACAGGGCCUGCUGAAGGUGGCCGUGGAGAACGCCCGUGUGCAGGACAAGCAGAUCCAGGCGGAGAAGCGGGAGCUGAAGAUGGAGCUCUACCGGGAGAGAGAGAUGAGAGAGACCCUGGAGAGACAGCUCAACUCUGAGCUGCAGAGCAGAGCCUCCAUCCAGAAGCGUCUGAAGAAGGAGAAGAAGGCCAAGCGGAGGCUGCAGGAGGCCCUGGAGUUUGAGUCCAAGAGGAGAGAGAGGGUGGAGGACGCCAUGAAGCUGUCAUCCUCCUCCCCGGAACCCGAACCACUCCAUAGCAACAGCAACCACAGCAACAGCAACAACAACAUCCACAGCAGCAGCAACAACCACAGCAUCAACAACCAUAGCAACGAUUCUGCUAGCAAUGAGGAAAAACCUGAACUUAAUGGAAACCAGAGAGACAAUGCAGCACAAGAGUCCCGGUCGUUCCUCAAGUCAGGCUUGAUGUUCUAGAGAGAGAGGACCCCUCGCUCCGUCACCGUAGCAACAGCCUCCACACCUUAACUCUCGUCGGCACGGAGACUGUCUCCGGAUGCUUUGACGGCUGACCUUGCUAAAUGGGACAGCCCCCCACCCCUCCACCCUUCCACCUCCUCCUCCUUCAACUGAUGGCGUUGCUGGGACGAUAGAUCCUACAGGAGAACCGGGAUCGUUUUAUCUCUCUCCCUCUCUUUCUCUCUCUCUUUCUCUCUAAAAUGUGACCUUUGUCAUCCCUCGCUUCCAAGAGACGACAAAUGUCUCCCCUGAGAACUGGGUCAUGGCCGUUUCCAUUAGGACAGCACCUGAUUGGACCUCUCCUUUGCCACGGAGGGGCCUGAUUGGCUAAGCUGGCCCCAUGAGGUCGUCAGGGAGCGCCCUGAUUGGCCCGGUUUGACCUGGCUCCGCCUACAUUCUAGAUAAGCGAUGAUUUCUGCUUUCUUAUGGCACGACCAAGAUGUUGAACUCUUUAAUAGCCACUUCCUUAUUAGGACCCCCCCCCCCCCCCCCACCCCAGACUUAAGAUCACCUCAUUGGCUAUUACGAUGUUACACCAGCCAAUCAGAGGAGCUCAGGACUGAGGAGGAGGGGCUCAAAAAAUAAAGAAGAAUCCAAGGAAAUAUAAAUGUUGGUUUUAAAUGAAUUUAACCAACUUUAACUGGUUUUGUUUCUGUACAGAGACACACAAAUGCAUGGGAAACUUCUCUUACGUUGUUAAGCAACAUUUUUUUAACUUCUACCACCCCCGCUUUCCCCCCUCCCUCUCUCUCUCCUCCUCUCUCUAUUACCAUUUUUUUUUUAUAUAUAUCCCUUCUAUCUAUUAAAUGUUCUAUCUCUCAUGCUUCUUCUCUCUCUCUCUCUCCCUGUCUCUCUCUCUCUCAACUCUCUCUCUCUCUCUCUCAACUCUCUCUCUCUCUCUCUCUCGUUCUUCCCCCCCUCCUCCUUCUCUCUAUGUAAUUAUAUGUAUGAUUUUAAAAUGUUGGUUUCAACAUUUCUAUGUAUCUACGUACUUUCUUAUUCACUCAAGGACAUUUCUUAAAUGAUGAAAAUGUAAAAGAGAAAGAAAAAAAAACUAGAAAAAACCAUUGUCAUCCAUUUUGAAGAAUAUGUGGAGUGGUUUUUAGAUUCUGUAUAUUCCCAGGGAAGAUGAACUCUCUUCCUCCACGUUUGACCUUUUGACCUUUGACCCCUCACACCCUCAUUCCCCAUGUUACCAGCAGAUAAAUGAGUGACGUUUUUUUGUGAUGUUUAAACUCUGAGGAGCGCUUGGUUUGUCCCUUCUGAAGGAUACAGUUGAACACCACAUCUAUAAGUGUGUGUUUAUGAAUCAUAUCGGUUUAUAAAUUAUUUCAUUGAUUAAAAAGGUAAAAAUGCAACUUUAGAAAUGCUAAAACAGUGUAACCACAAAAUGAUUGGUCAAUGUAGUAUAUUAAAACAAUUACAUUGAUUGGCUUACGAACAGCAAGCGGACGUGUGCUCGGAUCUGCUUAUGUUAGCAUGCUAAGCUAGUUUAGCACAUUUCCUCCGUUUCUCGUAGCGGCUAGAGAACUGUUCUAUACUUAAUCUUUUAAAAACCUUUAAGACCAUUAUUUUAAGCCCCCUCUGAAAAGAAAAACAUAUUGUUUGAAUCGUUUCAUUCUAGUUUGCCUUUUCUUGAUGCUAUUUAGCUUUUAUCAUCAGUUGACGCUGUAUUAUUAACCAACCCACACGGGCGACAUCAUACACACACACACACACACACACACACACACACACACACACACACACACACACACACACACACACACACACACACACACACACACACACACAAACCAGCUGCAGGCUACGACAAGCUUCAGGUCGUUAGCAUAUCACACCUUUCUGUUAACUAACCUUACCCCUACAGGGCACCAUACCCGUGUAUAUCAAGCUCUCCUCAUCCGCCAAACAUCCGAAGGAUUAAGAACUGUUGUGUUGAAGUUGAGUUGAAUAUUUUGAGUGUUCAUUGUUGGUUUGUAGUUUAUUAUAGGACUUGUAUACAGGAGGGAGGAACGUGUAGAUAGGAACGACAGACCUCUGUCUGUCUGUCUGUUUUACCUUGACCAGUCUGUCACUGUUUUGCUUUUGAACUGACUGCAAAUACACAGUAUUAUACUGGC